GGAGGUACUUUUUCCUUAAUACCAAUAUUGUGUUUACAGUUUUUCAACUUUCUACCCUUUUCUGAUUUUUUUUCCUAGUUUCUCUUUCUUUUAAUUUCCUGGUGGGAGAGAUCUUAGCCCUCUCUGCUCAUACAAGAAUAACAUGCGGUUAUGCCUUUUGAGCCAAGUGAUUAGCUAACAUUUGGAAUCUUGUGGGUUGAUUCUGUUAGGAAAAGAAAUAAAUUAUGGAGCCAGGUAUUUCUUUGAUGCAAUCCUGCUUAUUUACAAAGAAUGCACAUAAAGUCCAGUUUCCCUGAACACAAAAGAAAUCAAACAGCAGGCGACAGUUUCUUUGCUCACAGUCCCAAGCCUUUUGCCCAGCCAGCACUCUACCCAAAAGUGCUGUCUCUUAGCUUUUGUCAGCAUCAGGCUGCAAGCGCAUCUUUGGCUGUGCCUUUGUUGCCUUCUCUGUCUGCCUCUGUGCAUUUCUGCCCCCCCGCCACAAGUCCAUCUCCAACAAACAAUAUACCUCAAAACCUCUCUUCCCAUGUAGCUCAGUUUCUGACCUGAUCUGCAUGGCUGGUGUUUUGAGUGGUGGCGUCUAUUGUUUCAGCUAUCUAUUCCAUAAAGGAGCUUGAUUAUUUCUUACAUUUAUAUUGAAGGAAGGGCAGUGGUUAACCCAACCCCCAACAUAACAAUACAGUUGUUGGUCUCUGCAGAAUCAAACAUAGAAAUAGACAAUGCAGAAGGUCAGAGUAUUGUUCAAAGCAACAAAGAGUCCUGUAGCACCUUAUAGACUAACAGAUAUAUUGGAGCAAAAGCUUUCGUGGGAGAAUACCCACUAAGUCAGACGCAUGUGAGUAUUGUUGAUAGGAAAUCAAUUUGGCAUCAGCCAAUCAGAUGGCUUGAUUUUUUGGACAUUCCAAUGCUGCUAAAAAAAAAUACAAAUUGCAGGUGCAUGUGAUAGAAAUAGUGGAUUAUUCCGUCACUUCUGAUAAGGGACCUACUUGAUACUGUAAUUUCGACAUGCUAAUAUAAUGAUGUGUCAGAAACAGCCAAGAAAACAAAGGGUUGCAGUCCUGUUGUGGCACUGCAAUCUAUUCUUUAGACAGAGCCAACUCUCCCUGGCUAGAUCUACUUCUUUUCUACCUAUACUGUUUUCAUUGCUAUACUAGUCCAUUGGAGAUGCGCAGGCAAGGAGCUUUGGAGAAAGGGGGCUGCCAAGUGCCAGAUCUAUUGUUAGGAAGUUGCUUUGCCUGUGGGGUAGGAGAUGAAACGGAACUCCAUCAGUGAAACAACGUAUGUGAAAAUUUUACAAACCAAAGUUCUGUCCCUUUGCUUUACACACAGAUGGAGACAAUCUGGCCCAUAGUCUUUUCUAUGUAUCUUGCUUUCAGUUUAUUUUAAACUUGAUAUAAAAAUACAAUGGUCAUGACACCUACAGCACAAUGCAGCAUAUAGGCAAUUUGACUAGGAGCUGGUCAGCUUCUUGCAGUAGAUCAUAAGAAGUUGACAUAGCUCCUAGGAAAAUGGAAUUUUUAAUAGAAAAGGGUAUUUUCCCCACUUUCAUGACUCCCUGGGGUUGCAACCUACCCACUGAGAAAAGAUAAAUAAAAACUGUUGAAGGACAAGUCAUUUCCUUAUAUUACAUGCACAGUAAAGGGAGGGUAACAUACCUAAAAUAGGCCUUAGGCCCCAAUCCAAUUGACUUCAGUGGCAUCACUCACUGUGUGUGAAGUUAAGCAGACGCGUUAACCUUUGCAGGAUUUAGGCCUAUGGGAAUACAGCAGAGGCAAAGCAGUUCAUCCACUGGUUCAAUUGUUCAUCCAACUCCCAAAGAGAAAAAAACAUUUCAUUUAAAAAAACGGUGCAGGUUGCUAAGUAUCAACAAUUUAUUUAACUACCACAUCAUUUACAAAACCCAAACCUUUAACAGCAAGGAAAUGAAUAGUUAAAACAUCAUAACAUCUUACAGCCAUGUAAUAAACGUAAGCAUGUUAUUCUUUCUUAGUCUAAAGAAAUAUAUAUUUCAUUACAACACAACAACCUUAACCUUGAUCCACGGAUUCCAUUAUUUUACAUGCAGCAUUUUUUUUAAAAGCCCAACAACCUUGAUUUCAGUAUCAAAACAGCUUCUUUUAAGGGAUCGUGUUAAGUGGGAGAUAUUAUCAAUUCAUAUAUCUAUUUUUGGUAAAGAUCCUGUACCUGCUGUUUUUUGAGAAUAGCAGAACAAAGAGAAUUUGGCCCAUAGGAUGAAUAUAUAACUGAAACUUUGCAGAUUAUGGGCUCAGUUCUGCUCCUUCUGGACUCAAGGGGAGCAGGAGCAAACCCUGUAUGUUCUCUCUGCUGGAGGUUUCGGCUCUGGAAGUGAAAUAUUCUGAUGCUUGUUCUCCUGCUCAGGCACUUGGGAGGUUGGUCCUAUAUGUUGUAACAAGGGGUGAGGUCCCUUUUGAUGGACCUGAUGGAGAGAAUGUGUCUGCAAGAUGUCCAACAGAUUUGCAGGGUCACUUGGAGAUUGAAGAUCUCAUAAGAAGUUUGGUCUCCCCCCAUGGAGGAAACUCAGUUCAGUUAGGAGACUUGAUCCACCACCCCUUUUUCUGGACCUGUGAGAGCAGGUUUGAGUUUCUUGUGGAUGUUGGGAAUAAUCCAGACAUCGAAAAAUACAAUGCUGGGAGCCAGAUUGUGAAAGCUUUGAAUUGCAAUAAGGCAACAACUGAGAAGCACUUCCACCAGUGGACUAGGAAGAUUGAUCAAGAUGUUCUGAAAGAUAUGGAAAAGAGACGCCCCUAUAAAGAUACUGUCACUGACCUGUUGAGGUUAAUCAGAAAUGUGGGGGCGCACUAUGGUGCAAAAGAACAAUGGUAA